AUGGAAAGUACUGGAAGUCUGUUCAAUGUUACAUCGCAGCCAGCCGCCAUGGGCGCUGGACACUGCUUCAUCCGACCAAAAAACGAAGAAGAAGAAGAAGAAGAAGAAGAUGAAGCAAAGAAACACUGGAAUAUUUCCUGUCUCUUCAGCGCGGCAACGAGCCGUCCACAUUCCAGCAAUACGUCGCAGGCCUCCGCGCAGCACAGAGUACCCGUCCUCGACUGCGGUACUCUCUGGGCCCCCCCGGAGCCACCGGCUGAUCGUCAUUCUUUCGCAUCCAGGAUUCCCAAGGAGGGGUGUUCAACGGUGUUCGGACCCUGGCACUUUUCCGCGUGUUUCAAGGAACAAGCACCUGUCCGACGCGACAAGGCAAGUUGGACAGAGAGAUUGGGAAGUGAAAGGUUGGACGAGCGGGCAAUAGCAAGGACAUGGGACGGAGUCACACAAGACCAGACAGAACAUACCUACCAAACCAGCCGCGAGGGAAUCGGUCUCGACUUUACGACUUUCGGCUACAUCCUGCCGCCCCCGAACUCCAAGAUCCAUGGCCUGCGCCUCGCUACCCACCUUAUGUUGUCCGAUCUUCUUUCCACUUCCCGACAACCCAAUUGCCGUCCAUACGACGAUGAUUUCCUCUCAGUCCCAAAACGAGUCACGACGUUGGCAGUUGCUGGUUCACUGACUGGCCAAAACGACGAACGGCUUACGUUUCCUCGGCACCCAGUUCCGCUUUUUUGGGGUCCUGGGGUUGUUUACGUAGUAGGCGAACGGCCAGCAAACAUCAAGAUGGUGGAUCGAUCGAGCCUUGUUGUAGGGUCAAGAGGGGGCCACGCCCGUAUCAAGGAGUCGAGUCCAUCCCCUUCAAGGCUACGAAGCAAGCCCGGCCCGCCAGAAAUGGCCCGAAGCACCGAGCAGGUCGGUCAAGACUCCCAAGAGGCUGCGCUAACGGAUCCAACGGGCUAUUCUCGCACCUCCAUGGACCGUUCAAGUUGCUUCUUCUGUCUUGUGCCGAUUGACGACUCGCUCAGAAAACGCAGAGAAACUGCCUCGGCCAAGGGGGAGGAUCUCCAGUACUAUGGGGUUCUUCUCUUUGCACCUCGUCCUAAUGACUGCUAUUCUCAGUGGAGGAACUGCAGUCAUCCCCCCACUUUUGCUGUUUAUUCCCUCUCGGGGCUUUCGCGACUUCUCGCUUCCAUGCUCUCUCAGGUACCGAGGGCACCGUCAGCAGCUCCUUCGUCACUUGGUUGGGCGAGAGGGUGGUGGCAUUGGAUGAAUGGUGCCAGCGCUAGCAAGACCUGCAGGCCUCCUCCUCUUCCUCCACCACGCACACCCCCUGAGCCCUGCUUUCCGCGCCCCCCUCUUCCCACCUCGCCCAGUCUCGCCAGUCCCGAAGUGGCUCACCUGUGCCUGGCCCUGCGGCCGGCCCUGGAUGUUGCUGUCCAGGACUCCAACGUCGUGUUUGUGUGCCUGUCGUCUGGUGCAGUUUUUGCCUGCCAUACAAAUCCUGUGCUCGACCAACUAUCAGUCCCACCAAUUCAUUCCUUCACAGAAGACUGUUUCGAGGUUCAUCCAAACUACCAACCAACGGAUUCAUCCCGUCUUGUCGUCACACAGAGAGUUCAUACAUACCAAGGACUGCUCCGAGCUCCCAUCGACAACCUUGAACCCAACCAGGCUUCCCACGCUGUAGCAAGCACAUUCCCUGAUCAAGAGGCUUAG